UCCAUCAACAAACACUGCAAACAGACUCUCAAAUAACAGUCUGAUUUGGUUCUUGAUUCCAUCAUCAGAACCGCGUGUGAAACAAACUCCAACAACAACUCUCUCACAUCUUCAUCAACACCACAUCAGUCAUCAUGGCUCCUCGCGUCCCCCGUCUCCCCAAGGCCAAGCCCACCGAAAUCUUCUGCAUCAGCGCCGCCGGCGUCGGCGUCCUCGCUCCCCUCUACAUGGCCAUGCCCGGCGCCGAAGAGAGGCUGCAGCGCCAGACCAACAAGUGGGCGCCUCGCUGGGAGCGCAACAUCAACUACUUCAGCUCCCCCGCUGAGCGCACCGCCCAGCGCAUCGAGCCCCCCAUCGCAAAGGCCAUGAAGAAGCUCGAUGAGAAGCUGCCGCUCGAGAAGAUGGCCAAGGGCAUGGAGAGGGGCAUCCAGAAGUCGAUUGCGCGCUUCCAGCCACCCAAGCCGAGCGAGUAACUCGACCUGACUUGGCAUAACACAUCGUGUCUUUCUUUGUCUUUAUGAUUCCUUUUGUUCUGUCUGUGUUGAUGUCAUUGUUGCUUCCAAGGUAUAUUGGAUCAACGGGUG